GAAGCCCACCUCCUUGGAGCCACGCCUCUCGAACAAGAAACGAGCGGAGGUUGUUUUCUAUAGAGAAUUUUCCUUUGCGGUCUUGUGGCAGGGGCUGCUUAUUUCAUUAUUUUGCUAUUUUAAGUUAAUUUACCCAUAUCUUUAUUUGUCUUCUGUUGUUAUCAUUCGUGUAGCGGUUUAUUCCCUGAAGAUUUUUUUAAGUUAAAAACAUACAAAUAGCAAGCCAGCGCAGUUUUUUUUCUCUGUUUAGGUCGCAGUGUUACGAGGAGGUUCUGCAGCCCCCUCGAGCAUGAGGUCACAAUGAAGCGUCGCUUGGAGGAUCAGGAAGCGGUUUUCACACCCCAGCAGCGUCGGCUCCCGGGCAGCACGGAGGGUUUCCAGCACCGCGUCCUCGCCCCCGCACCAGCUGUCUAUGAGGCAGUCGCAGACAACAUGCAGCCCACCACCGGCAUCCAGUACCCAGCCCCCCAAGGGUACCAGGUCCCUGCAGUGGCGCAGGGUUCUGGUGGUCAUGGCCACGUCCCCAGCCCAGCAGUGCAUGGCGGAGCACACCACCACAGCCCUGCUGUUCAGCCUCAUGGGGCACAGGUGGUACAGGGCCACGCUCACCAAACACCUCCUUCUGCCCCUUCUGCCCCUGCACAGGGCCAGCAGCAGUUCCAGAGGCUCAAGGUGGAAGAUGCCCUGUCCUACCUCGACCAGGUGAAGCUGCAGUUUGGCAGUCAGCCUCAAGUCUACAAUGACUUCCUGGACAUCAUGAAGGAGUUCAAGUCUCAAAGCAUCGACACCCCAGGUGUGAUCAGCAGGGUAUCCCAACUCUUUAAGGGUCACCCAGACCUCAUCAUGGGCUUUAACACCUUCCUGCCACCGGGCUACAAGAUUGAGGUUCAGACCAAUGACCUGGUCAAUGUGACCACACCGGGGCAGAUCCACCAUAUCACGCCCCAUGGCAUCUCAGUGCAGAACAUUGCCCCACCCCCACCCCCUCAGGCGCAGGCUCAGCUGCCUGUCCCCACCACCACUACAGCCCCCCCCUUACCUGUUCAACCAACGCCAGCAAAAAUCAGCAAGCCACUGCAGUCCCCAGCCCUGACCCCUGCCAGCCAGAGCACUCCGUCCAUCCCCCCCUAUGCCUCCCCCCGCUCACCCCCCGUGCAGCCCCACACGCCUGUUAGCAGUGCUCCGCCCCUGCAGAACAACCAGCCCGUGGAGUUCAACCAUGCCAUCAACUACGUCAACAAGAUCAAGAACCGCUUCCAGGGCCAGCCAGACAUCUAUAAGGCCUUCCUGGAGAUCCUACACACCUACCAGAAGGAGCAGAGGAAUGCCAAGGAGGCUGGGGGGAACUACACCCCAGCUCUCACUGAGCAGGAAGUCUAUGCCCAGGUGGCCCGGCUCUUCAAGAACCAGGAAGACCUUCUCUCAGAGUUUGGCCAGUUCCUUCCAGACGCCAACAGUUCUGUGCUGCUUAGUAAGACCACAGCAGAGAAAGCGGAGUCUGUGCGUAAUGACCAUGGCGGCACCAUCAAGAAACCACAGCUCAACAACAAGCAGCGGCCCAGUCAGAAUGGCUGCCAGGGCCGCCGACACUCCGGGACAGGAGCUACACCUCCUGUCAAGAAGAAGCCUAAACUACAGGGUCUCAAGGACCAGACCCUUGCCGAGGCUAGUAAGCAUGGUGUGGGCAUUGAGUCGCUGUUCUUUGAGAAGGUUCGGAAGGCUCUGCGGAGCACCGAGGCCUACGACAACUUCCUGCGCUGCCUGAUCAUCUUCAACCAGGAAGUGAUCUCCCGUGCCGAGCUGGUGCAGUUGGUGCUACCUUUCCUGGGAAAAUUCCCAGAGCUCUUCACCUGGUUCAAGAACUUCCUGGGCUACCGGGAGUCCUCCCACAUCGAGAGCUUCCCCAAGGAGCGGGCCACUGAGGGUAUCGCCAUGGAGAUCGAUUACGCCUCCUGCAAGAGGCUGGGCUCCAGCUACAGGGCCCUUCCCAAGAGCUACCAGCAGCCCAAGUGCACGGGCAGGACACCACUCUGCAAAGAGGUUCUGAAUGACACAUGGGUGUCCUUUCCCUCGUGGUCGGAAGACUCCACCUUCGUCAGCUCCAAGAAGACUCAGUAUGAAGAGCACAUCUACAGGUGUGAGGACGAGCGCUUUGAGCUGGAUGUGGUGUUGGAAACCAACCUGGCCACCAUCCGAGUGUUGGAGACAGUGCAGAAGAAGCUGUCACGCAUGUCUGCUGAGGAACAGGCCAAGUUCCGCCUAGACAACACUAUUGGCGGCUCUUCAGAGGUCAUUCACCGCAAGGCCAUCCAGAGGAUAUAUGGAGACAAGGCCCCCGACAUCAUUGAUGGCCUAAGGAAGAACCCGGCCGUCUCCGUGCCCAUCGUCCUCAAGAGGUUAAAGACAAAGGAGGAGGAAUGGCGGGAAGCCCAGAGAGGCUUCAACAAAAUUUGGAGGGAACAGAACGAGAAGUACUACCUGAAGUCUCUUGACCACCAGGGCAUCAACUUCAAGCAGAACGACACCAAGGUGCUGCGCUCCAAGACCUUGCUUAAUGAGAUCGAGAGCAUCUAUGAUGAGCGGCAGGAACAGGCUUCAGACGAGAAUGCAGCCCCACCCUCCGGACCCCACAUGACGUUGACCUACGAGGACAGCCAGAUCCUGGAGGAUGCCGCUGCCCUCAUCAUCCACCACGUGAAGCGGCAGACCGGCAUCCAGAAGGAGGACAAGUACAAGAUCAAGCAGGUGGUCUACCAUUUCAUCCCCGACAUGCUGUUUUCCCAGCGCGGGGAGCUCUCCGACCUGGAGGAGGAAGAGGAGGAGGACAUGGAGCUAGAUGAGGGAGGGGCCAAGAAGCACAAUGGGGUUGUGGCGUCGGGUGGUGGAGGGUCCAGCCCAGCGAAGUCCAAGCUUCUCUUCGGCAACACAACCGCCCAGAAGCUGCGCAGUGCAGAUGAGGCCUACAACCUCUUCUAUGUCAACAACAACUGGUACAUCUUCCUGCGGCUGCACCACAUCCUGUGCUCACGGCUGUUGCGCAUAUACGGGCAGGCGGAGCGGCAGAUCGAGGAGGACUGCCGCGAGAGAGACUGGGAGAGUGAGGUCCUGGGGCUCAAGCGUGAGAAAAAUGACAACCCUGCCAUCCAGCUCCGGCUGAAAGAGCCCAUGGACAUUGAGGUGGAGGACUAUUACUCUGCCUUCCUGGAGAUGGUGCGGAACCUGCUGGACGGGAACAUGGAUGCCUCCCAGUACGAGGACUCUUUGCGGGAGAUGUUCACCAUCCAUGCCUACAUCGCCUUCACCAUGGACAAGCUCAUCCAGAGCAUCGUCCGCCAGCUUCAGCAUAUUGUGAGUGACGCGAUCUGCGUCCAGGUGACGGACCUGUACCUGGCUGAGACUGCCAAUGGGGCCACAGGGGGCACACUGUCCACCCAGGCAUCCCGCACUGCCAUUGAGGGGGCAUACCAGCGCAAGGCUGAGCAGCUCAUGUCUGAGGAAAACUGCUUCAAGCUGGUGUUCAUGAAGAGCAGAGGUCAAGUGCAGCUGACUGUGGAGCUUCUAGACACAGAGGAGGAUAACUCAGAUGAGCCUGUAGAAGCAGAGCGCUGGUCUGAUUACGUGGAGCGAUACAUGAACCCGGACUCCACCUCCCCCGAACUUCGUGAACACCUGGCCCAGAAGCCUGUGUUCCUCCCCAGGAACCUCCGUCGGAUACGGAAGUACCAGCGGGGGCGGGAACAGCAGGAAAAGGAGGCAAAGGAGGGCGGGAAGAAACCAAUGGAGAACCCUGAGAAACUGAAGAUGGAGUGCAUGUUCAAGCUCAACUCCUACAAGAUGGUGUAUGUCUUCAAGUCAGAGGACUACAUGUAUCGACGCACCGCCCUGCUUAGAGCCCACCAGUCUCAUGAGAGGGUGAGCACACGGCUGCACCAGCGCUUUCAGGCCUGGGUGGAUGCAUGGGUGCGUGAGCAUGUGACCCGCGACAUGGCUGCCGAGAACGCCAAGUGGCUGAUGGGAGAGGGACGGGAGGGACUGCUACCCUGCACCACUACCUGUGAGCCGGAGCUGCUCCACUUCAGGAGCAUCAGCAAAUACCGUGUCAAGUACGGCCCUGCUCUCAAAGCGCCAUAGCCCCCUUGUCAGCCAGCCUGGCAACAGAAAGGGUGGGUUGGCCAGGCUGGGUGGGGACGGGCCUCUGCGGAGCAUUUUGAGACUGGUGAUUGGUUGUGCGGGGUGAGGGGCAGGGUGAAGGCAAUUGUCAACUGGAUAGGAAUGACAUAGUGGCAGUGAAGAUGGCUGCGGUCUGGUACUGUGAGCAGCUGGCAGUGUUGCUGUUUUUGACAGCAGUUUAGCUGUGCCUGCUUACUCAGCAGGGCCUCAGUGCCAAACCCAGAGGUGAGGUGGCAGGUGUGUCUGCCCUCCCUCCUACACACACACACACACACACACACACACACACAUAUAGAUCUUUGUACCCACCCUCAGCCUUUUUUUCAGCAUCAGACACAGCUGAACAACAAGCUAAAUUAAUCAAGGACCCAAGUCGGCGGGUGUUAGGCAACAUCUCCCACCCUGUAGGACAGGUGUGUUUGAUAUUAACACGAUGUGCUGUGACAACAAGUCAGCUCCACUUCCUCACAUAGUUUUAGUGGCACAGUUGUGUGUUCUCUGAAGGACUGGCUUGCUCAUUUGAAAAGCUGUCUAGUUCAACAUUGUGCAAAUGGGAAGGAACAGAGGAAAGAUGCUCCUGACACAAGAGGCAGGAUUGAUACAGUUUCUAGGAAUGCAUUUUUACCAGAAAGGUUUGGGGAAUCGUGCGCUUAACCUGAAACGGGAAGGGCUGGAAUCUUAGAAUCGCCUUGCCUACUACAACACAGAGAGUUGAACACAAACAACAGUCAAUAACUUGGCAUAGGCAAUACCCAUCACAUCAUUGUCCUAAUGCAGGGGUGGCCAACCCUGUCCUGGAGAGCCACGUGUCCUGCAUGUUUUAGAUCUCUCCC